CUCUCUCAGACCGCAGGCUGCAGUGGAGACAAGUCUCUCUGUUUCUCUCUGUUUCUCUCUGUUUCUCUCUGUGUCUCUCUGUUUCUCUCUGAAGGAGAAUCAACGAUCUCAGGUUUUUCUCAACAAACAGCAGAAUCUCUGCGAUGGACUCUGAAGGCAUCGGGACGAUAGAGGUGGCGGCGCUCGGACGGCCUUUCAGCCUCGGGAUGUUGUACGACUGCCGCAAAGACGAACUCAUCGCUGGAAUUACUUUGUGGAACCAUGAGGACCUUAAAAAUGAUAUUGGAGAAAGACCACAGAGCUAUAAUGAUUGUGAUAUGGUUGCAUCUGAAUCAAUUGAGGACAAAUCUUCAGCACUAAAUGUUGAAGCAUCGCUGAAGGCAAGUUUCUUGGGUGGACUGAUAAAUGUUGAAGGAUCAGCCAAAUACCUGAAAGAUACUAAGACUUCCAAAAAUCAGGCCAGAGUAACACUGAAGUACCAAGCAACCACAAAGUUCCAACAACUGUCCAUGAAUCAUCUUGGAAAAGACAAUUUGGAUCAUACAGAUGUCUUUGAGAAAGGAAUAGCAACACAUGUAGUCACAGGUAUCCUUUAUGGCGCACGAGCCUUCUUUGUCUUUGACCGUGAGGUGUCUGUCAACGAGAACCAUCAAGACAUUCAGGGCAACUUGAAGGUGAUGAUCAAGAAAAUUCCCCAUCUUUCAAUAGAGGGCGAAGGCUCGCUGAAAAUGGAAGACAAGGACAAAACAAAUGUUGAGAAAUUCUCCUGCAGAUUCUUUGGAGACUUUUUGAUUCAGAAACCUCCAACAUCCUUUCAGGAGGCAGUAGAGGUGUACCAAAGUCUACCAAAGCUGCUGGGAGCCAACGGGGAAAACGCAGUACCAGUGAAGGUCUGGCUGAUGCCUCUGACAUAUUUAAAUGAUUCUGCCGCUAAACUUGUCCGUCAGAUAAGUACAGGAUUAGUUGAAGAAUGUCAGACUGUCCUGGAGGACUUCAGUGACCUGGACAUGAGGUUCAAUGAUGCACUGAGAACCCAAACUGCACAGCAGUUCCCACAGAUUGGAGAAAAACUCAAAACCUUUAAACAGAUGUGCUCUGAGUUCAAACUGGAAUUCCAACGAACCCUGGCAAAGAAACUGCCAUCAAUCCGAGGAGGAGGAGAAGAAGAAGCUGUGCUCGCAGAGGAACUGAGGAAGACAUGUUCUUCUCCUUUCAACAGCAAGGACCUGAACGAGUGGAUGGACUGUAAGGAGAGAGAAAUAUACACCGUGAUGUCUCUGACCGACAUGAUGACAAACACCAAGAUCAUCUCAUCUCAAACCGACCUCUGCAAAGAAAGCUUCAAAGCAGAGGAGGCUGUGUGUUUUGUCUUCACCUCGCUGGGAAGUGAUGAACCGUACCUCUCAACUUUAUCAAACUACCUUAAACAAACACCCAAACCAGAUGUGGCUCAAGAUCCACAUCCACCAGAUCAAUGGUACAACUCAAGAAAAGAAAUGGAAGCAAUGCGGCAUAAAGCAAAGCUCUUCAGUGAUUUUGCAGAGGCCAACAAGGAUAACAAGAACAUUACAUUUCUGACAGUGGGUUUAGCAAACGAGACACAGAAAGGUGCCAGCAUCCACCUUUAUAAAGACGGCUUUCCUGUCAAUGAGAACUUUGAGCUGCCUUCAAAGCCUGUAACAGUAACAGGAAGUGAUAUUGUUUCUCCACCCAGAUUUGGAGCAGAGGACAUCUCCUCCUACUCUGAUGAGUACUGUGUCAGUGUAGAGGACAGCUGGAAACAAAAGACGGGACAAAAACCUGCACAUCUCACAGAAUUCCUCAUAAGUAAAAGCAAAAAGAUCAAUUCUGAAUCUCCCUCAGUUUACAAACUGCCUCUGAAAGAAGACGAUCUGGACAUCGAUGGAUGCCGGAGGUACAACUUUGGCACAGAAAGUCUUAGGCAAAAUCGCACAAUAAUGCUUCUCGGAGCAACUGGAUCUGGAAAGUCCACUCUGAUCAAUGGACUCAUCAACUACAUAGUUGGUGUUGAGUGGAAGGACGAUUUCAGAUUCAAGUUAGUUGACGAGGAUCAGUCGAGAUCUCAAGCUGAGAGUCAGACCUCUGAAGUCACUGUGUACAAAAUCAACCACCAAGAGGGCUUUAAAAUCCCUUUCUCUCUGACCGUUGUUGAUACUCCAGGCUUUGGAGAUACAAGCAUAACAAGAUACAAGGAGAUCACAGAACAGCUUCUUAAUCUCUUCUCUGCCGAGCAUGGCGUCAGUGAAAUUGAUGCUGUGUGUUUUGUAGCUCAGGCUUCUCUAGCUCAGCUCACACCAACACAGAAGUAUGUGUUUGAUUCUGUGCUCUCCAUCCUUGGCAAAGAUGUGGCAGAAAACAUCCAGGUUCUGGUGACAUUCUCAGACGGCCAACCCCCACCAAUUCUAGACUCGAUCAAAGCUUUAGGUGUCCCAUGUCCUAAAACAGAAGACGGGCUGCCAGUUAACUUCAAAUUCAAUAAUUCUGCCUUGUUUGCACAGAACCAAUCAUCUGCUGCUGCUGACUCGAGUGUGGAUGAGGAAGAUGGAGGCUUUGAUCAGAUGUUCUGGAAAAUGGGGGCACAAAGCAUGAAGAGGUUCUUUGUUGCUCUCAAUAAGAUAACAACCAAAAGCUUGACAAUGACAAAGGAAGUCCUCAGAGAACGACAGCAGCUCCAGAUCUCAGAUCUAAAUUUAAAAAAAAAUGUUGAAACCUUGGAUCAAGUGUGGUAUUUUACAGGAUUUCCUCACAGCAAGGUUUUUGAUGCUAUAAAUCUCUCUUUUGUUGAAAUAAUUAAGGGGUCUCUUGAGUGUCAGAGCAGACUUGAAAAGAUAGCACUGGUUCCAUAUCCUCCAGACUACAUUGGCUUGCGCAUUGAGGGAGAGAAAGCUGAGGCCAAGGAAGGCUGGGAGAAACGAGUCCAGUACCUGAUGGAGAGGAGAGGAAAAGCAGAAGCAGAGCUCAUGGCUCAAGAACAAUCUCAAACCUAGGGCAAAAUCAAGACCAGCUCCAACUAAGACCAAAACAAGAGCUAAACAUGAUAUCAAAGAAGAGACGUGUAUAUACAAAAUUAAACAAGACAGGAUAUUGAGUGAUACUGAUCAAGAGUCCUUGAUGACCAACACAACCAAGUGACCAUGAUGAUCAUGGAACAUGUAUUUUUAUUUUCUGUUCUUACAAAGUUAUCGUUUAACUGUUUUUUUAAUCAUGAAGGAUUACAUUUUUUAAAGCAAGUUGGUUCGUCUUGAAGAAAUGCUGAAGGAGACAGCCGAGAGAAGCUCCUCCAGAGUCCAUAGUGAUCACAAAUCCUUUUGAUCAAAACCAAACCAAGACCAAACAGAUGCCAGCAAGACUAAGAGGAGAUCUAUCAACAAACUGGAAGACGUCUGUGUUUUUAUAUCUGAGAUGAUCUCACCAACCCUGGGACCCAUCGACUUCCUGUUUGGCAUGUGUGUUGCUAUGGACCAGGGGGAGGUGCUGCCCCGUGUGAGGCUCUUUGGAUCAGCGGUUAUGUAGGAAUAUGAGAAAACCCGGUCCACCCAGCGCUGAGGUGGAAUGCAGUUCAAAGUGAAAUAUUGGAAUCUUUACUUCACGACUCCACUCUUUACUGUUCUGCAUCGGGUACCUUUACAUUUAUUACUAUAGCUUCAUUUUGAUUAUACUUUUACAUACUUUUACCUAUGUGACAUUUUGAAUGCAGGGCUUUUACUUGUAACAGUAUCUAUUCUAUACAGUGUGGUAUUAUAACUAUAACCGAAGUAAAGUAUCUGAAUACUUCUUCCGUCAUUGAUACAAAACGUGAAGUCCAAAUAGACCCGCACUUAGAGCUCUAGUGUUAAUCAAUGAAUUAUAAUGCUUUAUUUUUCUCCUGCACAAACAUCUUCCUGCAGGAGUAAUCUGCAUGUUCUGUUUGAUAGAAAGUAAAAUGUACCAUGUGUAUGAAAUGUUAAAGUGUGAUUGUUUUGUGCAGAAAUCAUUAACGUCCUGACACCAUUACCACCAAUGUAAAAGAUUAAACCUGCAAGUUUAUUAAAAGUUAUGUUUAUUUUCUAUUAUGAUCAUUUACAAAUAUCAGAUUAUUACUAAAUGUUCUUUUCUGCUCUUUGUUUUAUUUUCUUUGAGAUUUGAAAACUUGACAUGAGUUUUGUUAAUGAUUGAUUGUAUUGUGAGUGUCCUAAAAUGAUAUGGUGGCUCCUGCUGGAUGAUGGAGACGUUUCUAAACGUUAAACAAUAACUCAGACUAAUGGAAAGUGUAUUUUAAUCAGAACAACAUAUAUGAGUUUAAGGAGAUUAAAGAAGAUCUAUCAACAGCUGAAAGGAAAAAGUAUAACUGUUAAAUAUUGUAUUUUUCACAUAAAGUUUGAAUGUAUUUCCAUUGUAAUCGGUUUACCCUGUUGUUGUUUUAACCGGGUUAUCAGCUUCCUGCUUAUUUUAACAGUUUAUUUACUAUUAGUUUAAUAUUCUUUGAGUUUUAAAAACAUUAUACCUGAUACUGAUGUGUAUUGAUUAACAUGUACUGACAGAUGGAGAAAUCAUUAAUUAACA